AUGGCUCAAUACACUAGCCCCAAGACCAAGGCUCAGAUAAUUGCACUGAAAAGUCUUGAAUACUCAGAUUGGGCAAUUGUUCAGCUUUUGCAACCUGAGACCCAGGCUUCUCAUGCUACUGUUGGUUCAACAUCAGAUUUGCUGCUUUGGCCCCAGCUCAGAGUAGAGUACCAACAGCAGCAAACAUUGAACAGCAGUACCUCCCUGCUGUUGGGUCCUCUGCUUGCUGCUACUACCUCCAAGAGCUGGGUUUACAACUUUACAAAUGCUGCCAAGUGCCCCUGCUAA